GAGUUAACCACUGUACAGGUCAUGUGACCUAACAAGGGAACGUCAUCAUCAUGGCAGACCACCCGGCUGAGGCAGAUAUCAAACAGAUAUUCAAACGUCUGUUGUCAGUCCCAACAAAUAAGCAAUGCUUUGACUGCAACAGCAACAACCCGACGUGGGCCAGCGUGACCUACGGCGUGUUCCUCUGCAUCGACUGCUCCGCCGUACACAGGUCUCUGGGCGUGCACGUCACUUUUAUACGAUCCACGCAGCUCGACACCAACUGGACAUGGCUGCAGCUCAGGGCCAUGCAAGUUGGUGGGAAUGCCAACGCCAGAGCAUUCUUCAACCAGCAGGGCUGCUCCACGGCCGACGCCCAGAAGAAGUACCACAGCCGCGCUGCCACUCUGUACAGGGACAAGGUCCUUUCUCUGGCCCAGCAUGCCAUGAGGCUGCACGGGACCAAGCCUAUUUUCGAUGCUCAAGAAAAAGGCAAAGGUCAAAAGCUGCACAUUGAGGCUGCCCAGGAGGCGCGCUCCCCAGAGGAGAAGGAGGCCGACUUUUUCUCCGAGCACACCCAGCUGUCUGCGCCCUCCGCCGACUUCUCGACCCCGAUAGAGGACAACGCUCGCCUCGGUGGAGGGGGGAGCAGUAGCACAGGAUCCGCAGCGACUACAGCGCCAGUGAACACCAACGGGAAGCUGAUUGAAGAUCCGACAGCGGGGCCCAACGUGGAGCCAGCUCUGAGCACCUCCCCGACCCAGGCGGCCGUCCAGGUCGAGCCACGGAAGGCCAUCAUCGGGGCCAAGAAGGCGCCGGCCGCAAAGAAAGGAAAAGGCUUGGGUGCUCAGCGAGUGAAGAAAAACUUCACGGAGAUCGAGAGUCGUGCACAGCAGGUGGACAAAGAGAGGGAGGAGCUGGCCAAGAACGUGGCUGUACAGGAGGCUAAGACUAAGGAGGAGCAGGACAAGCAGAUGGCCAACAUGCGACUUGCCUACCAAGACAUGAGCAUCCAGAGGAAGAAAGAGGAAGAGAAACUCUUGAGGAAUGACCCGAAGAAAGCCCAACAGUUUGAGAGGCUUGGAAUGGGAUUUGCAGGAAACAAAGGAAUCAGCCACUCUGCCAUCUCGGACAUGCAGACCAUCCAACAAGAAGCCCCCAGCAACUCCUCGUCGUCGUCGGGCCGACGCGACUACGACUCGUACGGGGAGAAGCCUCGCAGCAACCGACGCGACUUCUUUGACGAUGAAUUCGAGUUUGUUUCCAGCUGGUCUUCUUCCAAAAGGAACGAGGACAGCUUCGGUUCCCAAAAAGACGACUUUGGCAGCGGGGGCUGGGGCAGCAAGAACCGAGGUGGUGGCUGGGACUUUGAGGAAAAGCCGCGCGCCUCGGAGAGCUUCUCUCAGAAAACCUAUGACAAGCCAACGUACAGCCGUAAGACGACACACGAGUCCCAAUCGUCCAGCUCAGGCUCGGGCGACGCGGCCCAGAAGAAGUUUGGCAGCGCCAAGGCCAUCUCGUCGGACCAGUACUUUGGCAACCAGAGUGACAAUUACGAGGUGAAGCAAAACUUGAGCCGCCUGGAGGGCCAAUCGUCCAUCUCCAGCGACGACUUCUUCGGGGGCAGCAGCGGGGGAGGAAGUAGCCGGCGCCAGCAGCAGUCGUACGGAGCCAACGCCCCGGACCUUCAGGACAUCAAGGACGGGGUCAAGCAAGGGGUCACCAAGGUCGCGGGCAAGAUCUCCAGUUUGGCCAACGGGGUCAUGUCCAGCCUUCAGCGAAAAUAAAGGCGUGCAGCAACAGCUGCCCCCCCACUGUAAACUCUGCUCCAGGACCGGUAUGGAUGAUGUGCUCCAAGGUGACUCUAUGGCUAGCUGUAAAAUCUUCGUGUUUGCCCCCCCCCCCUCCGAUCCCCGUCUGUUGGAUCUAGAAGUGGCUGCUGGUUUGCCUCUGACUACAUGGAAGCUGUGACAUUGACAUGGUUUUGUUUUUGUUCAUUUUGGGUUUUUUAUGUGGAGUUUUUUAAUUGUUUGUUUUUGGUUGCUCUUGAGAUAUCUGUGAUCACGGAUACUUUGCCAUGAUUUCCUUCAAUCAUCGGUUACGGAAUUAUGAUAUUCCGGAAAAUCAAUCAAACUCGUAUGGAGUGUACCCCAUUCUGGAUUUCAAAAAGAGAAGAGGGUGUUGGUCAAGAAUAUGAGAUGGGAGUUUGUGUGGCUGAUGUACUGUAGAGAACAUUGAAAAUCUUCCUGCAAAGAUCUAUUUAAAUUCAAUCUCAGAGCAAGAGUUUUUGUACAGUCUGAGCACUGGAACCGACAGCAACUAGAUUGGUUUUUUAAUCUCCAUAACUGCGAGCCGCAUUCUUUUGUAUGGAGUUGUUUUUUUUUUUAAUGAAUUGGGAGGGAGAGAAGAGUGACCAUGUAGAACAGGGACCUGCUGCCAGCUAGCUGUCUGUGAUCGUGUAGAACAGGGACCUGCUGCCAGCUAGCUGUCUGUGACCGUGUAGAACAGGGACUUGCCGUCAGCUAGCUGUCUGUGACCGUGUAGAACAGGGACUUGCCGUCAGCUAGCUGUCUGUGACCGUGUAGAACAGGGACUUGCUGCCAGCUAACUGUCUGUUCUAUGGUAUCAGGCUGAUAUCUUACUGUGAAGGGAAACCGUGGACGGGUAAACAAGUUGGUAAUUUAAUCUUGUGGUGUUUUGUUGGUUUUUCUUUUUUUUGUUCUGUAAUAGAAUAUCUCUAGGUGUACAUCCAUACACUGAGUCAUAGUCGUAGCGACUGAGGAAACAUGCAUUUAAAAAAAAUAUUGAGAA